UGAGCUCCUGACGAAGCAACGGGGAAACUGCUGAUGGAGGUCCGGCCGGAGGCUUUUUUUAUUUAAUUACCAAGCAGAUAAAUCAUUUUCACCCCGCAGACUCUUUUAAAGGGACCGAGCUCGACUGAAAAGCCCACAAAAGAAAUUAAGAAGUUAUUUACUGGAUUGGCUGUUCAUAACUGCAUUAGAGGUCCAGCAAGUGAAUGAAGGUUUUUUUUUUCCAUUCUACUGAUUUUGGCAUGGAUUGAUGGAACCUCAUUAAUGAAUAAGUUAAUUAAUUAAGCAGAUGGACUGGGAGGGGUUGUUCAUUGUUGAGUUUGACCUGCUGUGAGCAGAGGUCAAAGCCACUACAGGCCACUGGGACCUCAGUAAGUGACUGGCAGUUUAUGUUUGCUGACAUAAACCAAUUAAAAAAUGAGAAAAUCUCUUUUCCAAAAAGCGAAGGUGGUCCCGUGGAUAACCAACGUGACCCUGUAUGGUUGUCUGUUCGCCGGGGGGGACCUGGUGCACCAAUAUCUGGCCCAUCCGGACCACAUCGACUGGAGGCACACCAGGCACGUGGCCAUCGUGGCCCUCAGCUUUCAUGGAAACUUCAACUACUUCUGGCUGAGGGCCCUGGAGCGGCGGUUCCCCGGCAGGUCGCUGGGCAUGGUUCUCCGCAAGCUGGUUCUGGACCAGAGCUUCGCAUCACCACUGGCGACAAGUGUCUUCUACACAGGAGUGAGUUUUCUGGAGGGAAAGGAGGACAUCUUUGAAGACUGGAGGGCGAAGUUCUUUAACACCUAUAAGACCGGCCUUAUGUACUGGCCCUUCAUGCAGUUUCUGAACUUCGUGCUGAUGCCGCUGUACCUGCGCACAGCAUUUAUGGGCUGUUCCGCGUUCCUCUGGGCCACGUUCCUCUGCUUCUCGCGGCAGAACGGCGACGGCACAGCGGCCGUGGCUCUGGCCUGGAUUAUGGCCCCCAAAAAGAGGCUCCUGACCCGCAAGACCAACGAGGAGAAAUAACAGCACACACCACCAGCAGCGCCCGUGCCUUCACUGCAUCAGCUCUCGGGCCAAACCUCAGUGACCGCCACCCCCCCAGCCAGUCCAGUCUAUUAAUCCUCUUCCAGUUCCUCAAACACCUGAGCCAGGUGAGCAGCUCCCUGCAGGCCUCCAUUACCUGGAACUCAUGGAACAUAACACAUGUUCCUCUAAAAAAUCUGCACUAGAGAACCUGAGAGUGACUGACGCUUUAAAGGGCCCAUACAUUCUACACUCUUCUUACAUUUUAUUUAAUUUUUUAACCCUGAUGUCUAUGUUUUUAUGCACAGUCAUAAUUCAUGAUCAUGACCAUUUUCCCGCCUCUCUUUAUACCUUAUGAUUAAACAGAUUGUUUUGGUUACUGUGCCUUUUACAAUAUAUGUAAAUGAGCUCGGUUAUGAUUGGCUGAGGCUCAUUCAAAUAGCAGUUUCCGCUAAAACACUCCUAAUAGCUUCAGUGCAAAAUAAAUAGCAUAUUGUCAAGUGAAACGAUCUUAAAUCUAAUCAAUAUAUUUAAUAUUUUCCAUUAUGUGAUGGUUGUUUACUGAUUAUAAGAUUAUCCAGCUUAUUUCUAGACAUUGUUUACUUGUUUUAGGUUAAGAAAAUAAAAAGUAAAUGUGGUAAAAUUAUCUC